AUACCCUACAAUUAGAUACGAUCGAGAGUACUCUUGACACGAUAGACCAUUAUUAAAUUGUUGUCUAGGGAAAAAUGCAUGUGAUGAAUUGUCAUAAUUAUUACAAAGUGAUCAUUAUUGUAAACUAUCGACAUACUGAGUACAAAAAACACAAUUUCGAUGUUCAUAAUCCUAUGUAACGAUCCUCAUUAUUCUUGGCUAUUCACUUUAAUAGGACAAAUAAAUACAAGUGGCAGUUCUUCAGCACGAUACUGUACAUUGUAUUUACGCGGAAUCACUUAUUGUUCAUUGUGGUCGGAGAUUAAAGGAUUGUAUUACUGUUGUAAGUACAGUACAUGCCUGCGUGACAUCAAUAUACCUGGAUGAUAUCAGGAGCACAUUACAGAAGGAGUGUCUAACUAUGCAUGGGUUCGGAAAUCGCAUCUCGUGUGCUUUCGUAAACGCCGCAUUGCCUUAUAAGAGUGUGUGUAAGUACUGUGUACAUAAAUUAUACUUCAGAAUGCUCCGUCUCACAUAUCAAUGUGGUAUUGGCCUCCAAUUCCGCUCAAUCAGCUUUUUUUGUAGAUUACACAUUCGUUUAAAUAGAUAUAGUUGCGCUAAAUAGAAAGUGCGUCCUGCCCACGUUGUCCACGUGGUACUCAUACUAUAAAAGUCGCGCAUCCCUCAUAAUCAUCGGCCUUUUUUCAAGCUCGAUCAGCUGUUCAAGUUUCAAGUUUCACUCAAAAGUCAAUGGAUCCUUCAAGUAUCCCAACAAGAGAAGAGGCAGCAGAGCUCCUCCGUUCCGUCGGCAUAGACCAGCAACAGAUCGACGCCAUACUCGAUCAUCCAAUGGAGCAGAGUCCUUGAGAUGGUGACGGGCCUGAGCCAGAGGCUCACUCGCCUGGAUAACACUGGACCCUCUACCGAGGAAUCACAGUCUUCUCCACCAGCCCUCCCCAUCGUGAGUGGAACUUCAUGGGCAGAUCGCCCAAAUGAUUCAUCAGAGAUGAAUUACCAGGAUGAGUCCUACCGUUACAACGGAUACUGGGACGAGCCAGAACCACCUGCAGCUCUAAUGGAGGUGUCAGAGAACACUGCUGCACUUCUAAAGACUGCAUUUGGAAAAGCAAUUUCCAACCAGGAGAGGCAGAGCCUCAGGAAACCCUUCCCUGCUCCCAGAGUGGACCAUACGAAGUGCCCUAAGCUGGACAGAGUCCUGAAGGGAAACAUCUCCAAGGAAACUAAGGACAGAGACAAUAUGCUGGCAAAGGCACAGACCCUAUUCCUCGAUGCAGUAGCCCCACUCUCAAACCUCCUCGAGAGCGUUAAUACCGGGAAUUUGACACCUGAGGUGUCAGCUAAUGCUGUGAAAACAGCUCUCGGGCUGCUAGGAAAUGCCUUAGCGAACCUGUCUAAGGAAAGGAGAAAACUGGUAGUGAAAGACCUCAACAAAGAUGCCAGCUCUCUGGCUGAGGACGAUGAGAUACUUACAGAGGCAGCUCCAAUGCUAUUUGGAGAAGGGUUUGAGCAGAAGCUCAAGAACCAUGUGGAGGCAGUAAGAUGCCUCAGAAAAUCCUCCACAAACUCUGGCGGCAGCAGCAGCCAAUUUUUUUCGAGGGAGCCGUCCCCACGGGAGCUACCAACGUGGGGGCGGCCAGAACAGAAGGUUUCAAAGCUCCAGAGGAGGCAGAAGAUACCAACCUUACCAGAAGGAGAACCAGUUCCGGAACUCCCAACUCCCAAAGACCCCAACCUAGUCAGAGACUCAGUAAAGACAAUAUGUAUCAAUGCACGUAUAAAAAAUCAGGUUUUACAAAAGAAUUUGUUAUCCCAAAUGUUGAACAUGGGGGUCUCAGACAUGGCAAUAGAACUUGCCGCAUGCAAACACCCUCCAGCAGGGAAGCUAAGACAUGCCACAAAGAAUUGGCGGGCAAUUACCCAGGACAGCUGGGUUCUGGGAGCAGUAACGGGUUUCAAAAUCCCCUUCGUGGGACAACCCUAUCAAACACAACCCCCGACAACGUCGGCGCAAACCAUGGCAGACCAAGCCGUGAUGGCUGCAGAGAUACAGUCAAUGAUAGAAAAACAGAACACUUCAAAAUGGAAGGUAUUCAUGUGGUGA